ACAAUAGUUGGUUAUACAUUCUCAACCAACUAAUGGCGUUUCUGCGCAAGGCAACCUAAGAUCGACGCGCCACGAUAGUCGUAACAAUUUCAGACAGUUUGUUCCUCGUUUUCACGCCAUUAUGGAUUCUUUAGCGAAUUACGCUAGUGACGGGGACAAUAGCAAUAAUUCGGAAGAUCCUAAGGUACCAUAUGAGAUGCACAGUGAUACCGAUAAAAGGGCCAGUGAUGCUAAUUAUGACCCAGUACAAAUGGACAUGAGUGAGGAAAGCAACAACAACAAUUCGUCCAGGGAAUCCAGUAGUGAAAGAGCGAAUAGUCCAACGACACAAUCAAAAUCAGACUCAUCCCAUGCAUUACCUUCCCCCUCAGACCAGAGGCGAUCUGAUCAUGAAAAUCAUACAGCAAACUCGAAAGACGAACACAAACGAGGUGAUAGAUCUGACCGUAAUCGUCACAUGAGCGACAAGGGAAGAAGAUCAUCGUACGAUGAUAGAAGGCAACGCGAGAGUGGUCACAGGGACAGAGAUAUAAAAAGAAGUCGAGACGAUGAGAGAAAAUCUCGCGACGAUGAUAAGAAAAAAGAGAAGAGUUCCUUGGGAUCAAGCAGGGAUGAGAAAAACGAGGAGAAAGAAAAGAAUGAUAAAGACCAUCAUUACCGUGAUGAUCGAAGGGAUCGUAAUCGCGACAGAGCCGACCGAGACAGGCGUAGAGACAGAGACCGGGAUCGAGACCGUAGACAUUCUAGGGAUGAUAGAUCAAAAGAUAGAUACCGCGACGAUAGAUCUAGCUAUCACAAAGAAAAAGACCGCACGCGUUCGAGAUCCAGAUCAAGAGAUCGGGCGCCUCCUCCGUUCAGAACGAUGAGUUACAGAGAAGAAAAAGGUAGAAAUAAAUUAGCCCAAUUGGAAAAAUUAGGAAUCGAAUUAAAAGCACCGGAAGGAGAUACCGCGACACCGAAUAUUCAGAAUGAACAGAAUUAUUAUAAUCCUUUGGCCACGGCAACGCAAGGAAAAUACGCAGAACAGAUACAAAAGAGAAAGCUUCUAUGGGCAAAUAAGUCGAAGCAAGACGAGGGUAAAACAUCCACAACAGCUUCGACUGCGAACACAUGGGUGGGAACGACGUUCACUCAUGACCAGGAUGGAAAAGUAACAGCGAAAUUUAAGAGAUUAAUGGGUAUUAAAGACGAUUUGCCAACAACUCCGACGGCAGGUGCGAAACCAGACAUAUUAAAGAAACAAGAGGAAAUGUUUAAUAACAUGGAACAACAGUAUGAAGUAGCACGUGCUACUACCCACACGCAGCGUGGAGUUGGACUCGGUUAUGCCACUGGUGGCUAUCAAUUUCCACGAUAAAAUACAAUAAAGAUGGAUUUAUGAUUAAAUAAUCGCCAGCACAGGCAUAACACGAUUUUUGUCCAUUGUUUUUGCAAUCUUGUCAGGUCGAUUGGGAAACAGAGUUUUUAUUUCAAAGUCGUUAUCAAUAGUAACUAGAGGGUACUUGCUAAGCUUACGAAUCGAGGAGAUCCGAAAAAUUUUGUUAAAGUUAUGUAAUUAUAUUGUAAACAGUAAAAAUAAAUUUAUAAGGACUCUGGAAGGGGCUCUCUGCUUUCGACUUGACGAUGAUUAUCUCUGAUCCAGUUUCUGUUUGUGGGAGAUGUGAAGAUGAAAAAUCUUUUUAUGCUAAGAACGUGCUUUACAAAGUAUAAUUUACAUAAUAAUUUCUUUGUAUCUAUACGUUGUAUGUAAAAAUACAUAGAAGAUACACCGACA